UAUCCAUUGACAGUCAAAACCCGUCUAAUGAGCACAAUAGCAAAAACUCCAGAAUUGAACAACACCAACUUGUGGAAAUCUAAAGGAUUCAUAAAUAAUGAAUGGGUUGAGAGCGAUUCAGGCAGCACAUUUCCAGUUACUGAUCCCGGCAACGGUAAUUUAUUAGGCCACGUUCCAGAAAUGGGCGUCUCAGAAACACGUAGAGCCGUCGAUGCCGCCAGCGAGGCGUUUAAAACAUUCUCAAAGACGACAGCGAAAUCGAGACAAGAUCUACUUAACAAGGUCUUUGCUCUUAUCAAUGAGAAUGCCGAUGAUCUGGCCAAGAUUGUUACAGUAGAAAAUGGUAAGCCACUCGCCGAUGCUAAGGGAGAAGUUGUAUACGGAAACAGCUUCUUCGAAUGGUUCGCAGGUGAAGCCGUCAGAACGUACGGUGACGUCGUCCCAGCCGCCAACCCAGACCUUAGAAAUAUCGUUAUUAAGCAGCCAAUUGGAGUUUGUGGCAUAUUAACGCCUUGGAACUUCCCUAUCGCUAUGAUAACCAGAAAACUUGCUCCAGCAAUCGCUGCCGGAUGCACAACCGUCAUCAAAACACCAGCCGAAACACCAUACUCUGCUCUUGCGGUAGCACACCUCUGCAAGGAAGCAGGCGUACCGGCAGGUGUCGUUAACGUCGUAACAACAGACAAGAAUGUCGCAGAAGUUGGAAAGGAAGUCUGUGAGAAUCCAGCGAUCAAGAAGGUUUCCUUCACUGGGUCAACACGUAUUGGUCAACUCCUCAUGCAACAAUCUAGCCAAACGCUCAAGAAGCUUUCAUUCGAACUUGGCGGUAAUGCACCAUUUAUCGUUUUCGAUGACGCGGAUGUAGACGCUGCUGUAGCAGGUGCUAUCGCCUGCAAGUUUAGAUCUUCAGGUCAAACUUGCGUAUGCGCCAACAGAAUAUAUGUACAAUCAUCAGUAUACGCAGAAUUUGCAUCAAAACUUGCACAGAAAGUCGACGCUUUCAAACUCGGUUAUGGUCUUGACGAGGGCACCACUCAUGGUCCUCUAAUCGCCGAAAGAGCUCUCGAGAAAGUCGAGCAACAUGUCGAUGAUGCUGUCAAGCGCGGUGCAGAGGUACUCAGUGGUGGCAAGAGAGUUGGUGGUAACUACUUUGCACCAACAGUUUUAGCAAAUGUCCCAGAAGACGCACUUGUAAAUUGUGACGAAACAUUUGGUCCUCUUGCGGCACUCACCAAAUUCGACACAGAAGAGCAAGUCAUUGCACUUGCCAACAAUGUCGAUGUCGGUUUGGCUGGAUACCUAUACUCACGUGAUAUUGGUCGCGUAUGGCGUGUCUCUGAAGGUCUUGAAGUUGGUAUGGUAGGCACAAAUGCACCAAUUCUCUCACAAGCAUGCAUUCCAUUCGGUGGUCAGAAGAUGUCAGGAUUUGGUAGAGAAGGCGGUAAACAAGGUAUUGAAGAAUACUUAACAACUAAGUUGAUAGCUAUGGGCGGUAUUACAGUGUAAUUUUGUAAUCAUGUAAUUAAUUAAUGAAUUGAUUCCACUUUUUACUUCGGUGGGUAAGCAUCUGGGUUAGUGCAAACUGUUCUACCUAAUACUUGACCAAAGUAGGGACCUUCAUGAGCGUCCUUUGAGCGCUGGAAGAAAUUGAAUUUAUCAGCACAUCUCUCAUCUUCGCGUCCAACACAAUGAGCUGCAGGUAGUGGUAUAUCCUUCUCGUCAUCUUUUGGUAUGUAGACUUCGCCUGAGUAGUGCUUAUAUGGGAAUCCUGGGAGAUGCGGGACUUUGUCAUUUUGGUUUGUAAUACGUGCUCUCUUUCCCUCUGGGAUGACACUCUCUAGUAGGUUGACAAACGAUUCGUCGCCAACCCUAGGACUACCAAAAGUGGUCAAUUGAAGGUCAUAUCCUCUCUUAUAAACAAUGUUACUCAGGAGGACAGCCUCGAUAGACGCGCUUGCGGCACCCAUGGAAUGUCCCUCAAAUCUAAUCACUUUUAUACUGUCCCCCAGUCUAUCCAUCGCUUCGAUCAGCCUCUUCUUGAGUUCCUCAAGGGUUUUACUAACAGAACGCAAAAAUCCAGAAUGUACGCUAACUUUAGAUGAUAACUCAGUGUCUAUUUCGCCUAAUAUACCUUCUUCAAUUGGUGAAAGCAGGAAAUCAGCGUCGAUGAGCACACUGAGGAAACUAGAGAAGUUCGUAGGUGAGUGGGCGAUAACUAAGGCCUCAUCUUCCGGCAUAUGAAGAAGAUAUACGUAGGGAUCGUUUGCGCCAUCUCCAUCUGAGUAUAGUACCUCUGCAUUUGCUUCUUUGAGACUAUCACAGGCUGGACCACAAUCAAACGCCUCUACUGCUCUAUUACCACAUGCGGCAGCUCCUGAUAUGAUUGCAGCUGGGAUGUACCUAUCUGAGAUCUCAGCGUCUGUUACCUUCUGAAGUUCUUCUUGUCGUCUGAGAACUGCGGCAGUAACGAAGGCGAGGAAAGCGAAGAGAAUUGCUAGACGUACUAGCCUCAUAUUGUGUUUCUAAGAAACAAAACCAUCC